AUGCCUCCUCUAAUGAGCGGUUAUGCUGUGGCUGAACUAUCAGUGUGGAUCCUCAUCGACAUCGCAUCUCUUCGCAGCCUGCAGAAUCUGUUCAUAUCCCUGCCAUACAACCCAGCCUUCGCCAUCAGAGAACAAGGCUUCAGAGCUAUCAUCAUCUCUGGUGGUCCUAACUCUGUGUAUGCUGAGGAUGCCCCCUGGUUUGACCCUGCCAUAUUCACCAUUGGAAAGCCUGUCCUGGGUAUCUGUUAUGGAAUGCAGAUGAUGAAUAAAGUUUUUGGAGGAACAGUACACAGGAAGAGUGUGAGAGAGGAUGGAGUGUUCAACAUCGGAUUGGACAACACCUGCUCUCUCUUCAGGGGCCUGCAGAAGGAGGAGCCGGUGCUGUUGACUCAUGGGGACAGUGUGGACAAYGUGGCCGAUGGCUUCAAGGUGGUGGCCCAGUCAGGGAGCAUCAUUGCAGGUAUUGCCAACGAGCAGAAGAAACUGUACGGGACCCAGUUUCACCCGGAAGUGGACCUGACAGAGCGGGGCACAGAGAUAUUACGUAACUUCCUGUUUGAAAUCGCCGGCUGCACUUCCAACUUCACCGUCCAGAACCGCCAGCAGUCCUGCAUCACAGAGAUCCAGGAGAAAGUUGGCAAGUCCAAAGUACUGGUUCUGCUGAGUGGCGGGGUGGACUCCACGGUGUGUACGGCCCUGCUGAACAAAGCUCUGAACAAGGAGCAGGUGAUCGCGGUGCACAUCGACAAUGGCUUCAUGAGGAAAAGAGAGAGCCAGAGCGUUGAGGAGGCCCUCACCAAACUGGGCAUCAACCUCAAAGUGGUGAACGCAGCACACACUUUCUAUAACGGCACYACGACCCUGCCCAUCUCCGACGAAGACCGGACGCCACGGAAACGCAUCAGCAAGACCCUCAACAUGACCACCAACCCUGAGGAGAAGAGGAAGAUCAUCGGAGACACCUUCGUCAAGGUGGCCAAUGAGGUGAUAGGUGAGAUGAACCUGAAGCCGGAGGAGGUGUUCCUAGCCCAGGGCACCCUGAGGCCAGAUCUCAUAGAGAGUGCUUCUCAUCUCGCCAGCGGCAAGGCAGAGGUCAUCAAAACACACCACAACGACACAGAGCUCAUCCGCAAGCUCAGAGACGAGGUUACUCUGGGGAAGAUAGUCAGAAUGCCGGUCAUCCUGACCCCGCGUGCACUCUUGACCGCACGAUUCCUCACAGAGGCAGCCGUGCCUGGUCGGCGCUCUUGUGGUCGUCAGAACGUUCAUCACCAGCGAUUCCAUGACGGGAUACCUGCCACGGCCGGAAAGCACAUCCGCGAGGAGGUGGUGCUGAAAAUGGUGAAUGAGAUCAAGAAGAUCCCUGGCAUCUCCCGGUUGAUGUUUGACCUGACCUCCAAACCUCCCGGACCACAGUGGGAGUAG